AUGGCUAAAAUUGAAAAAGUUGAAAUAGAAUUACAUGAAGAUUCAAUUGACAGUGAUGAUAGAGAGUUUUUGGAUUUAGUAGAAGAACCUGCAUAUGGAAGUGUAACCAGCGAAAGACCACAAUUAGUAACUCACACGUAUUUAGAAGGUAAUGAAGACGAGGACAGUUCCUCUUAUAACUUUAGAGAUUUAUCUGGUUCUGUGGCUUACAAAAUAGUGCAAAUGGAUGAAGAAGAGCCAACAAACAAUAUGACUUCAGAAUCACCAACUCAUCUUAUUCCAAGUGGAGAAUUCUAUAUAAUAAAUAACCCAGUAGAGGUUUUUAGCUCAGAUUCUCAAAAGAAACCAAUCAAAAGAGAACCAUUGCAAGCUAAAGCUGCUACUGCUAAAAAGCGUGAUGAUAAAAGAAGAGCCACCCAUAAUGAAGUUGAAAGACGGAGAAGGGACAAAAUUAACAGCUGGAUUACAAAGAUAGCAGACAUGAUACCUAACUGUGGCCAAGCAGAUACUGCAAGUAAAGGAGGUAUCCUGGCAAAAGCAUGUGACCACAUUGCUGAUCUCACUAUGAAGACUAAGAAAUUAGAACAAGUUGAAAAAGAGAAUGCCAAGCUAGUACUAGAAGUGUUAAGGCUUAACAAGGAGCUGUCAGAAUUACGAAAAGAGAACUCUUCAAUGCGUAUACAGUUGGCUGACAACUGUAUAGUGGCAAAUUUACAACGGGCCAAAGGACAGAAGUCCUAG